GUGCGACCCGUCCGUAAAACAGAACCAAUGACAUGCACCGCUGACACGCGCUGCUGACAUUGCUAUUGAGGGAGUGCAGGCAAGAGACAUGGUUGUGUUAAUUAAAUUAUAUUAAAGUUGCCGAUCGCCCACGUCAUGGCUCGGUGACGUCACUUCGUCUGUCUCCCCGCUGGUCCUGUAUAAAACCGUGGCCGGUGUUUACGAUUUGCCUAACUCUGGAUUGAUAUUCUGGUAGGACGGACGACAGCGCAGGCUUUUUGAUAUUUGCAACAACCCCACCCUCUCAUCUACCACCUCCCACCACUUCUUAAGGAAAUAAAGGAACACAACAAAGAUGCCAGGCUCUAUCCACGAACGCAUCCGCGAGGACCUCAUCGCCUGUGAGCGACGUCUCUGGACGGCACUCACAUCCGCCGAUCCGGCGCCGGAGAUCGAAAAAAUGUGCAACGAUCAAGCGACCUUCAUGUUUCCCAACACAUCCAUCCUCGUGCACAGCGAGGGGAGCUCAGCGCUGGCCAAGACGCUCGCACCGCCGUUCCACCACUUUGACCGCUACGAACUCACCGAGGUGCGCGUGCACGUUAUCGACUUGAUGGCUGGGACGAUCACAUACCGCAUUAACGCGGUCCAGAGUAAUCGGGAGUUUCGGGCGACGGGGUCGUCGACGUGGAGUCAGGGGUCAGAUGGGGAGUGGCGGAUUGUGAAUCAUCAGGAGACUUUGGUUUAGUUUUGGGAUUUUCUUGGGUUGGGUUGGGUUUUGUUUGCUUCCAGCUGGUGAUGCGCUAUGUGGUAUGAGUUAUGGCUUUUUAAUAUUAUAUUCCUGGGCGAAUUGCGCAUACCGAGGGUGUACCGGUAUAGGAUAUUUCUUGUAAUAAGAUUCAAGUCUCUCCAUAAUGAUAUUAUUGAAUAGGCGAACAAUGCGGUCGAAAGGGGAGGUCUUCAACAUCACGUAUGAUGUCACGAAACAUGCCGUUGGAAUUCGAGAUGAAGGACAUUUAGGUGUAACACAUCUUGACCUGCC